UUGAGGGCUCGGGGGGGGGGCGUUAUAUGGAGAGUGGCUCCACACACACCCACAUACACACGGAGACGCACACACACACGCCCGUCAGUUGCGACAGCGGACAGAGAUCAGUGCCAGAGGACAGUGUCAGUGGAGUCCCCACUGACCAGUGAGUGAGCGCUCAUCAGUGGACAGGGCACAGGGGAGGGGACCGCCCGUGGACAGUGAGUGAGGGACAGCAUGGACGUGGAGCGCAAGAGGAACCUGCGGCAGCGCUGCGCUCUGCGCCAGCCCAUCCUCAGGGAGUUCCUGGCCGAGUUCCUGGGCACCUUCGUCUUGGUUCUGUUUGGGUGUGGCUCCGUAGCCCAGACGGUGUUGAGUCGUGGGGACCUGGGUGAGAAUCUCACCAUACACAUUGGAUUCACACUGGGAGUGAUGAUGGGUGUCUAUGUGGCGGGUGGAGUGUCAGGGGCCCACAUCAAUCCGGCUGUGUCACUUGCUAUGGUCAUUUUGGGCAAGCUCAAGGUGGCCAAGUUCCUGGUGUAUGUCAUAGCACAGUUCCUGGGUGCCUUCGCUGGGGCUGCUGCUGUCUUUGGGCUCUAUUACGAUGCCUUCAUGGAUUUCACAAGUGGAAUACUGUCAGUGACUGGCAUAAAUGCCACAGCGCACAUCUUCGCAUCCUAUCCCGCUAGGCACCUCUCGGUCCUCAACGGAUUCAUAGACCAGGUAAUAGGGACUGGUGCCCUUGUCCUGUGCAUCCUGGCCAUCAUUGAUGGGAAGAACAUUGGAGCACCCAGAGGAAUGGAGCCGCUGGCUAUUGGCUUGAUCGUCAUGGCCAUUGGGGUUUCCAUGGGGCUGAACUGCGGCUACCCCGUGAACCCUGCCCGUGACCUUGGCCCCAGGCUCUUCACCGCUGUGGCUGGAUGGGGCAUGGAGGUGUUCAGCACAGCGGAUUACUGGUGGUGGAUCCCAGUGGCGGGACCUCUCGUCGGAGGGGUGGUGGGGGCAGUCAUCUACUUCCUCUUCGUUGAAUUGCACCACACAGAGCCCGAGAAGCAGCAGGAGGACGAGGACAGCAGCGUCAAGGACAAGUACGAGAUGAUCACCAUGAGCUAGACUAGACCUAGCUCCUGCCCCCCAUUGGACAAGAAGGAAAGGGGCCCAGCAGCAUGGUGCAGUCUCUCACUGCCAGUUUCACUCACCUGAGAGCAGGCCUCUUUCUUGUCCCAUUUCUGAGAAAAAAACAUUUUCUUAAACCAAGCGAGGAAUAAAUCCUAACUUCCAAACUCCCUCCGUUGCCUAAACAUACCUUUUGUCUACACGUCAUACUCUCCUGUUAAUUUUGAAAUAACUAAUUAGGGGCUCCCAAAUGUGUUUGUAAUGCAGGUCAUUACACCAACACUCAACAAAACUCAUCAAACUUGACAGCUCGCUUUCAGUGCUCUGGCCAUUUGCUCAUUCACAGGGUAACACACCUGUCAUUGCCCUAAUGCAGGCGUGUAUACAAACGCUGAGGUCCAUUUAUCUUCCACAGAGUGAAAGCACCUCACCCACAUCUUUCCCAGGCAUCAGCUGUCAAGUUAAUUCGAACAUUAAAAGAUGCUUUCCUGACCAAAAAAAAAUCACAACCACUUUGUAGUGGAUAUAAAGAUAUUUUCAAUGACCUGUUCCCUGCUCCCAUAGCUGUAGUGUGUUCCACGGCAUCAUAAAUAUUUCACACUUCAGUGAACACUUUACCCUGAAAUCAGUGAUGCAAGAACCACAUGCGUGCCAGCUCUGCACACAUGGAUCGGCACAUGUGAUAACUCAGCCUUAAUGUGUGUUACACGAGCAGUGUUGAAGUCACGCUUCCAGCUUCUGCUUUUAUUUCGAAUUGAGCCAAGAUUCACGAUGCACCAUUUUAAUUAAUUCUUCUUUUGACAGUUGUGUUGUUUUAUGUUGCUGAUAAACAUCUUGCCUCUCGUCGGCAGAGCAGUGAGGUGGAAAUAAAAGCUGCUCCCCUGAACCAGAGUCAGAAAUAAACUACUGUUAUUAAAAUUAUGACUGCUACAGUUGAUCAUAAGAUGGUUUACUUUAUGACUCUCUACCUUGUUUGAGGUUCUGCAGCUGCGGUCUGCAUCAUGUGUCGGAUGUUUUCUAUUUUGAUAUUUGUGUGGGGUGGGUUCCCUGUAAUGCCUGUAGGUAGUGGCGGACACGUGUAGACUAGAAACGUGGGAUUUUCCAGCGCUCUGACCCUCUAGCCAUACAUGUAUGAAAAGAGCUACCAGACUGCCUGAAAAGCAAGACCAGGACAGGAGUUUAUCCAUGAGUUUUGGGGAAUUGCUUAACCCAAGGGAAUUUGCCUUCUGUCAGUUUUAUUCAAAUUUAUAGUUAAUUUACCUAGAAGAGGCCAUGGUUUAUUACCAAAAAUACAGAAUAGGGAACUUGCAGCUGUUAGUAUCGGGGGUCACUGUUCACUCCAGCCGUUAAGAGCAUUCUCACCACAUCUGCAUUUUACACAGAUUUACCUGCUAUUCACCUGUUCUCAAAUUCUGAUUGUAUACUUCAAUAAUUUUUAAAAAGUAGAUUUAUGGAGUUAAAGUAGUUUUUUAGAAUGGUUCAUUUUGUUUUACUUUCUCUUUUGUGUUUAAUUUAACUGAAUGAUCAUUGGAUGAUGUUCGGUAGAGGAUGAGGAUGUGUGCAGUCUUGUUUUUGUUUCGUGGAACCACUCUUGUCAUUGUUUUUGCUGAUUAACUAAUUGUACUUUUUGUUUUUAAAAGAAUGUGCAACUGGAAAUGUAAAUGGUAGAUUUUGCAGAAAUAAAUGCUUGAAUAUGUA